GCUGCCGGAGUGUCACAACGGCUUUUUAACAAUGUUGCUCUAUCAAAGAAUAAACCCCCGGUGCAGGUUUUGACGAAUGUAAUGGAAAGCGAAAAACAAACUACUGAGAGAGAGACACCGCCUCAGCACUGGACAAGUUACAAGUUGAUUAUUGACCCUGCUUUAACAAAAGGACUCUACAAAGUGUGUCGCUACGAUGGGCAGUGUUUCAACAUACCUGUUGAGGAUUUAGGUUUGUUUCCAGUAGAAACAGUCAGAGAUCCAAGAGUCUGCCGUCUGUGGAGCAAGUCUAUCAAAACAGACCUUCUGGUUCCUAAAUUUAAGGUUGAUGAAUGGUAUGUUGGUCCUGUUCCUCCCAAAGAAGUGACAUUUUCUAGGUUGAAUGACAAUGUGAGGGAGACGUUCUUGACUAAUAUGUGCAAAAAAUAUGGAAACAUUGAAGAAGUGGAAAUAUUCUGCAAUCCUAAGAACAAGAAGCAUUUAGGGAUUGCAAAGGUCCUCUUUGACACAGUGAGGGCUGCAAAACACGCUGUCCAGAACCUCCAUCAGACAUCAGUGAUGGGAAAUGUUAUUCAUGUGGAAAUUGAUCCCAAAGGUGAAAACAGGGCCCGAUAUAUCCAGCUGCUGCUAAGUGGCCUAUAUACUCCACGGACGCUUCCAGUGGGCAGCAGUGAGCGAGCUCUUCAAAGUUUGAUUGACAGUUUACUGGACAGUGCGGCCCCACAGCCACAGGGGAGUAUUUCCAGCCCCACCAGCAUAGCUACACCCCUCUCUCUGGACACAGCCUACUCCAGUAUUUGGCAGGAUACACCGUGCAGCUUCAGACUGACACCACUCUCUCAGGGAACCCCCCGCACUCCUUGCUUCUCUGCGACUCCUCUCUCCCAGGACUCUUGCUACUCCAGUCUUCAGGCAACUCCAAUCCUCCAGGGGGAGCCCUCUAACUAUAGUGUUCACAAACCUUUAAGACAAGAGCUCUGCCUCCGUAAACCUUUGAGGUAUCGCAGGGGAUCAGGCCGAGCCUCAAAGGUUAACUUCGUUUUGAAGCAUUGCCAGUCACAGCCAGCGCACCUCUUCUCAAACCAAAGACAGACGAGCGGCCAGCAGCUUGCACUGUGGGGUCACAAUGCACACUCCUCUAUUCAGAAUGAUAAGGAAUCUUCCUUUAACCUUGCCUCACCCUUUCAGGAGUCCGGAGAUGUGGUCAGCACUCGUUCUACGGCUUUGCCUCUGAACUGCAACUCUUUCAGCAUCCCGAGCAUCAAUUUCACAGCUGACCCGCAAACAAUAGCAUCCUCUCCACCUGAUGACCAGCAGCCAGAGGUAGAGAGUUUGGACUCCCGCAUUGAAAGUUUGCUGAUAAACAACCAGAUUUCUGACCCGUCAUACUUAGAUAGAGAGACUUUAGAGGCAGACGGAGACUCUCAGGACAGCCCAGCUUCACCUUGCUCGCCUCUUAAUGCCCCCUUCUUAGAUGACUCACUUGGUUGCACUCCAGCAGCUUGUGGAUCCUUUACAAGCAGCCACCAGCAUGCCUAUCAUAAUGUUCUACAUCCCAGUCCAGCAAUUCUCGUCGAAAACGAAGAGGAUGAAACUACUCAAGCUGUUUCGUUUCUCACAAGAAACUCCCAGUCACCCAUUUCAUCCGAUUACACAUAUUUUGAAAGGAGGUCUCACAUAGGCAAUGACAGUGAUUCAGAGCGGUUUCAGUCAUUAUUUUGCCAAAAGGAGCAUCGUGCAGCACAUGAAGAUAAGGAGCACUCCAAUAACAGAGAGUCUGGAGCUCUGGCACCAACAGACUUCUCUCUCCCUGAGCAUCCAUCCAUUUCUUCUCUUAGUAGCACCAUUCAACACCACACCCUCAAAACUCCUCCUGCUGUUACGACUGGAUGUUCUCAUCCACCAGUAGCCCCUUUCCCAUUCCCCAUUCCUCCCUUUCCUGCAUCUAUUCCACCGGUCCCUCCUCGCCUGCCGAAUGGUGUUAUCCCAAUCCCACCUCCAGGCUGGAUCCCACCUCUGGGCCAUCACACUGGCAUCCCCAUUCCCCCGCCCCCCAUUCCACCUCCUCCUCCUCCUCCUUCUAUGCCUCCCCCACCAACCUUUCUCAGAUGUCCUCCACCUGUGAUGAUGCCGCCUCCUGUUCCACCUCCUGUGCACUUGCAUAGUAGUGCACCUUUAUCAUUCCUUCGGCCGGCCUGGUCCGCUCCGCCUUUUCCCACAUUUAACCCCUUUGUACCGCCACCUGACUACCAGCCUGUACAGGAAAAACCCCACAAGAUCACAGCAGAAAAAGUUUUAGAAGUCCUCAUGGAUGAGCUGAAGUCGAUCAUUAAGAAGGACCUUACACGUAGAAUGAUUGAAGGAGUCGCUUUCAAAGCAUUUGAGGACUGGUGGAAUUGUCAGGAGAAUAAAGCAAAGAUUCAGGUUUCUCCAUUGAAAAGUGGAGCCACAAGUGUACAAGACAGGAAGAAACUCAUAAGUUCCCUCAGUCACAUCAGUGGGCAGGGCAAAAAACCUCCAUUGCCAUCCUUCAAGGUAAAAAGGAAACGAUCAGAAGAGAUAGAAAACGAGCCGUGUUCUACUCAUGAAAGUUCUGAUGUGAAACACAGGGAGGAUAUAGGGAAACCUGCAUCUGAGAGAGCCAAACGCAGACAUGCAAGACCACUAGAGCUCGACAGUGAUGAUGAUGAUGAUGAUGAUGAUGAUGAUGAUGAUGAUGAUAUGGUGAAAGAGGAAGAUAGCACACUUAAAGAUGAAGGAAUGAGUUUGGAAAAAGUGGAGGCUGUUGUGCCGGUUGGACUUCAAAUCAUGUCUGACAGAGAUGAUCAUGAUGAUGGUGACGACAGUAAUAAUCCAGAGGAAGAAAACAAGUUGGGAGAAGAACAGAGGGAAGAUGAAGCUGCUGUUGUCUUUCAAACUACUGAUGGAGUGCAACGCGCAGAUAGCGAUUUUUCAGAGAGCAGCUCCUCAGAGGAGUCCUCCUCAGACUUCGACUCCUCUGAAUCGUUCUACUCAGAGAGCUUUGAGGACUCGUCCUCUGACUUCAGUACUGAAGAUAAAGACAUGGAUGAUGACGAGGACGACGACAGGAGUGAUGAGUGUAUAGUGAUAUCAUCAGAUGAAGAUUCAGCAGAGCUUGAGCCCCCUCCUACUCCUUCAGCACCAUUUACUCCUGGUGCUCAGCUGGAUCUAGACCUGCAGGACUGGUCAGAUCUGUUUCAUAGGGAGAAAACAGUGGAGAACCAGUAUACAUCCUAUCAACAAGAUGCCUGCAACUUGGAUGCCAUGAUGGAGCUCCACACCACUGAAUAUCAGGAACUACUGCCCCCAUCACCCAUAGGACUUGCAGCGGAGGAGCCAGGCCUUGAUCUGGCGAUGGAGAGCUCUGAAUGGAUAGUAGAGCCUGCAGACAACAUAGAAAACCUCAGGCCUCUCACUCCCACUGGCUGCUUGGUGGACAGUGAUCCUGACAUUCUGAUUAAAAGCAAACCAAAAUCUCCAGCUGUGGAGGAGGUGGAACGACCACGAACGCCAGGCAAGGGGAUAGUGACUGAACUGGAAAAUGAACACUCAAAUGAAGCAGAGGAAGUCGUCUCCCUCUCCCCAGCAAACAGCGAGUUCAUCCUAGCUUCCUCUGAUCUCUUGUCAGCCUCAUAUCCAUUGUACCAGGAGAUGCCUAAAACCCCUGGUAGAGAAGAAAGGAGUGUAUGGACUCAGUGCAGCUCUGAAAGAGUUCCAGCAACACCUGGCAGAGAGAUGACUGAAGGUAGCACAGUGUGCCCAUCUCUAAAUAGCCCACCGCCUGUUCUACACUCGUCCAGAAAUCCAUAUAUCACAGCCCCAAAAACUCCUGGAAGAGACAUUAUCCUACCCCGAAGAGCCAUAGUCCACAAGAGGAAAACACAGAGGGUGACCACCUCAAUGCCUCUGUUGUCUAACGGUUUUCUCAGAGGUUCUCCCGUCACGGUGUCCUCUCCAUGCAGCCUCUCUGAAUCUGGAUCUGACACUUCUGAUGGGAGUGAUGGACAGACCAGUUCAGGUGUGAGAGUGAAGCCCCUGCAGGGGUUAGAGAAUAUGCCUGGCCUUUUGGAUGAAGAGAAAUCCUUAAUGAGACAGAAACUGUGGCGGAGGCUGAAGAGGAGAAGAAGAGCCCGUCAUCAAAGAAGAUCACGGAAAAGAAUCACUGGUUCGCUCUCCUCUGCUAGUCGUCCUCUCUGUGAGGAGAGGAGGAUCCUUCACAACGUUUGGAAGGAGGGCCUGGAUGAAGAAGAUGCAAGGCUGCUGCAGAGCAUUUAUGAAAGGCUGCAGGAGCAGAAUAAUGGCUUUGGGUGGCUCAGUGACACCCUCUGGAUACCUCACCCUCUGACGAAGGUCCCCACAGAGAAGCCUGAGGAACACAAACCCUGGCAGCCAAACCACAGGACCGGCUCUGCUCGCAGUGAAGGUUUCUACAGAAUCAGCAGGAAGGAUAAAAUGAAAUACCUCAACAACUCAAAGCUGGCAACUGAGCUUCCCUCCACAAGUGCUCAGCAGGGAAUUUGCAUCCCAGCCCAACAGCCUACAUCACUGCGUGCCGGAUCUGACUUCAGGUCUGAACAGCGGCGCCUGCUGUCCUCUUUCAGCUGUGACAGUGACUUGGUCAAGUUCAACCAGCUGAAGUUCCGAAAGAAAAGGAUUUGCUUCAGCCGGAGUCACAUCCAUGAAUGGGGCCUGUUUGCAAUGGAGCCUAUAGCAGCAGAUGAGAUGGUGAUUGAGUACGUGGGUCAAAUCAUCAGACAGGUCAUCGCUGACAUGAGGGAGCAGAGAUAUGAGGAGGAGGGCAUCGGGAGCAGCUAUUUGUUCCGGGUUGAUCAGGACACCAUCAUUGAUGCCACUAAAUGUGGGAACUUAGCCAGGUUUAUCAACCACAGCUGCAACCCUAACUGCUAUGCAAAGAUCAUCACUGUGGGGUCUCAGAAGAAGAUAGUGAUUUACUCCCGGCAGCCAAUAAACAUCCAUGAAGAGAUUACAUACGACUACAAGUUUCCCAUUGAGGACACAAAGAUUCCUUGUCUGUGUGGAGCAGAUAGCUGCAGAGGCUCCUUGAACUAAUCUCUUAUUAAGUGACCUGAUUAUGUCAAGAGCCAAAGUGGCCUGAGGUACUGUACAAUCUAAACACAGACUCUGAAGAUGUGUCAAAACUGUGACUUUUUAAAAUACUAUUCAGAAUUGUACAGUCUGUAACUGUCUGGACGCUAUAGAGGAACUAAUGAAAGAACUGCAGACACAUGGUGGUGCUGCUUAGUGAAUCAUGAUUUAAUAAACUGGAAUAAACAGCACUUCAUUCAGGAAUAGGACCAAGAAUUUUGUACUAUAUCAGUGCAGGUCUGUUACAGAAUGAUUCUUUUUUUGGGAGAACAUUACAAAACUACAUUUUCUGAUACAUCACACUUCAUAGCCAACAAUCAGUUCACACAUUGCAAGCGUUAUCUUUCAACAAGAGGGGAAAAUGUUUAUUCCAGAUGCCAUGUUAUAUCCAGAUUCUCAGUUAUAGUAAACAGUCUGUUGACCUGACUAUCCAAAUAACAGAGUUGUAUAGUUAAAUGUUUUCAUUAAUGAGAGCUUCAAUGAUGUUUCGCUUGAGUCAAGCUCAUUUCAAUAAUGAUGGUUUUGAUGUUAAUGUUUUAUAAAGCAAAAGCACUGUAUUAUGAAUUUUAAGUUAUGUACUCAUGAUGAUUAUUUCAGACUCAGAAGAUCUUUCAUAAACACCAGGAUAAACUAACACACAAUAUGCAUGAUUAAUUGUAAUAAAACAUGCAAAACA